AUGCGUUUUGGCGCACGCCCACGACGACGUUGUGAGCGCAUUGACACCAGCAAACUGGCGAAGCCAGCUGUUCCGAAUGCUUAUCAAAGUACGCUGUCACGCGAGUUGGAUAAACGCUCACUGGAUGCAAUUGAAGCUCACUGGUCUCAUAUUCACCAGACCUUACUAGCAGCAGGAAAAUCCUCAUGUGGUAUGUCUAAUAGUCAAUAUGGAUAUUGGGUCUCUUCACAGUCCCUGGAACUUAUCGAUGCUCGCCGGCAUAUCUCGGCUGGAAGCGAACACAAUGAAACUCGCAAAGAGCUCCGGGCAAAACUCCGUGCUAGCCUGAAGAGAGAGCGCGAAUCCUGGUGGUCUCAUCGUGCUUCCGAGAUGGAAAUGGCCGCUGCCCUUGGUAACCAUCCGUUUGAUACGGGAAACGGGCAGCAGGAGACCUGGUGUUAG